CCAGCAAUAGCAUUGGUCGUUUGGUAUCUCCCUUCUCUCUCUCUCUCUCUCUCCAAACCUCUAAAAUAUUGAUUCAGAUCUGAUCGUACUAACGCCAACCUCGUGACGCGAGAGAGAGAUUGAGAAACAACUCUGUAAUUUUUUGGAGGAAUCAAUAUGGCAGUGGUGUCACCUCUGGCGAAAUACAAGCUGGUGUUCUUGGGCGAUCAAUCCGUCGGUAAAACCAGCAUCAUCACUCGCUUCAUGUACGACAAAUUCGACACUACCUAUCAGGCUACCAUUGGCAUUGAUUUUCUGUCCAAAACAAUGUACCUUGAAGAUCGAACAGUACGCCUGCAGCUUUGGGAUACAGCUGGCCAAGAGAGGUUUAGGAGUCUUAUUCCAAGCUAUAUUCGAGAUUCUUCCGUUGCAGUGAUUGUCUAUGACGUUGCUAAUCGACAAUCAUUUUUGAACACGUCAAAGUGGAUUGAAGAAGUACAUACAGAACGAGGCAGUGAUGUCAUCAUUGUUCUUGUCGGUAAUAAAACUGAUCUUGUUGAUAAAAGGCAAGUUUCAAUAGAAGAAGGGGAUUCCAAGGCUCGUGAGUUUGGGAUCAUGUUCAUAGAAACCAGUGCGAAAGCGGGAUUCAAUAUCAAGCCUCUAUUUCGUAAGAUUGCUGCUGCAUUGCCGGGGAUGGAAACUCUUUCCUCCACAAAACAGGAAGACAUGGUUGACGUGAAUUUGAAGCCUAUGGCCAAUACAUCCAACACAGAACAACAAGGGGGAGGUUGCGCGUGCUAGACAAAUGUAUUUUAAGACGAAGAAAAAGAGAGAGAGGACAAUUGAAGCACCUGAUACUAAACCGAAAUUGAGUAAAGGGGUGUUAUUAGAUAAUUUCGAUGUCCUGUGAGGUUUCAGCAGUUUUGAUUGUUUCUUGACAAUCUACCAGGAAGUUGUUUCUUCAAGUCUUGAGAGAGAGGAAACUAGCGAUGGUCUGCCCUAAAGAUGCUACGGUUCAUAGUUGGAUCAUGUUCUGUUUACGUCUUCACUAUUAUACUUAAUUAGAUUUUUUGAAAAAAAAUUUAUAUUUAACCUUUUUCACUUGUUUCUAUAUGAUUCGAUUUGUAUACAUGUAUUCAGGCCUCCGAGUCGUCUUUUUAGGAUGAAUACUUAUUAUUUGGUAAACAAUAAAU